AUGGCACUGGCGCUGUUGGAGGACUGGUGCCGGAUCAUGAGUGUGGAUGAGCAGAAAUCGCUGAUGGUGACGGGGAUCCCCGUGGGGUGUGAGGAGGCUGAGAUCCAGGAAGUUCUCCAGGACACCUUAAAGGCCCUGGGCAGGUACCGGCUGCUGGGCAAGAUAGUCAGGAAGCAGGAGAAUACCAGCGCGGUCUUGUUGGAGCUCCUGGGAGACGCUGAUGUCUCGGAGAUCCCCAGGGAGGUUCAGGGGAAGGGGGGCGUCUGGAAAGUGGUCUUUAAGACCCCUAACCAGGACGCGGAGUUUCUUGAGAGACUGCACCUCUUUCUAGAAAAGGAGGGGCAGACCGUCCAGGGGAUGUACCGAGCCCUCGGGCACGAGGGAGCAUCUCCAGGCGCCGCGCCCUGCCUGUCGCCGGAGCUGCUGGCCCAGGUGGUGGGGCAGGCGGUGGCCCAUGCCCCGCAGCCGCUGCUGCCCAUGCGGUACCGCAAGCUGCGGCUGUUCUCGGGCAACUCCGUGCCCGGCCCAGAGGAGGAUUCCUUUGAGGUCUGGCUGUCACAGGCUGAGGAGAUAGUCAGGGAGUGGCCGGUGAGCGAGUCCGAGAAGAAAAGGUGGCUGGCGGAGAGCCUGCGCGGCCCCGCCCUGGACUUCCUGCGCAUCUUGCAGGCGGACGACCCCUCCGUGAGCGUGCAGGAGAGCGUGGAGGCCUUCCAGCAGGUGUUCGGGAGCCUGGAGAGCCGCCGGGCCUCCCAGGUGAGGUACCUGAAGACCUACCAGGCGGAGGGCGAGAAGGUCUCGGCCUACGUGCUGCGGCUGGAGAUGCUGCUGCGCAGGGCGGUGGAGAAGCGCGCCAUCCCCAAGAACAUCGCCGACCACGUGCGCCUGGAGCAGGUGUUGGCCGGGGCCAGCCUCAGCGAGAGCCUGUGGUGCAGGCUCAGGGAGCUGAGGGACCAGGCGCAUUACCCCGGCUUCCUGGAGCUAAUGAGGGUGAUCCGGGAGGAGGAGGAGGAAGAGGCCGCUUAUGAAAACGAGAAGAACGACGAGCACGAUGACCCCGACGAUGAGUAUGGCCACUGGCACAAGGAGCCGAUUUACUGA